CAAAAUGUUCAUAUUUCUUUCAUUGACGGGUUCAAAUGGUAUCCAAAGAAGCGGUGUUUAUAGCUGACUUUACACUACACUCCCUACUAUUAAGACUCCAUAUAUGUUAAAAAAUGGAGGAAUGGAGAAAAUAUUUGGAAGUAAAUAUAAUAAAUGAUUCAUCAGCGGUGACGGAGACUUCAUUUAGUAUUGAUUCAAAACUAUCUAUUCAGGAUGCACAAAGUUAUCUGAACGCAUUCUAUGAAGAAAACAAUCAACUUUAUCCGGUGUAUAUUAUCCAUGGUGUACCAAAGGACCUUAGUUCCCUAGUAGAUUUGGACAGCGAGUCAGACAGUUUGCUGCCAGGCUCUCUUUCCCAGUAUGCUCUUGCAACGAAAAAUUCUUUGCCGGAUAUUUGCAAGCAAUUCGAAGAGGGGUAUAAGACGCAAAUCUAUGCACUAUCGGCAAAUCCAAUAGUCGAUUUUGAUGAAUUAUUGCCCAUCAUAUAUAAACUACGAGGUAAAGAUGUCAUAUACCAGAAAGAGGAUUGUGAGAAAUAUGGAUUUAUACAUAAUGAGAACUCGACACCUCGACAAUUGAAAACCAAAGGGGCACCAUCUACCACGAAAGCUCCUCCAAGUAUAAAAAAAGAACCGGCUGGAGUGAAUCCUCAAAAAUCAAGGACAAAUACUUCUAAUCUAUUCAGAAAUGUAAAACCUCCGAGCUCCCGACCGGCUUCUACAGCCAACAAAACGAUGGAGGCGCCUGAGACUAAAAACAUACCGGAGUCCGUUUCUACUGGAAAGCCAAAAUUACAGACGCAUCAACUUGAAAAGGAGAAUGAUGAUUUGAAAAAUAUAAUGGAAAUGGAUGAUGAUCAUGAUACAAUCAACACACCAAAGGAAUCGGCGAAUUCUGUUGCCGCAAGUCCCGAAGGUGCAACAAGCUUUGACACAGAAUCUAAUAAACCUUCAACUGAAAGCGUUACCCCAGAACCACAGGAAAAUAUUACAUCAAUUUCUAACGGGCGAAAACGUGGUAAACGUAAAGUUACUAGGAAGGUCACCACCCACGACGACGAAGGAUUUUUGAUUACAAAAGAAGAACAGGCUUGGGAAUCCUUCUCUGAGGACGAAAACGAGAAGCCCAAAAAGGUUGCUCCACCAAGGCCUAAAGCAUCAAAUCCUCCUUCCCGUAAAAAAAGCGGUCCUCAACAGGCUGCAAAUCGUCAGCAGAAAUCUAUCAUGUCCUUUUUUGGAAAGAAGUAAUAUCAUCCUUGCAAAAAUCUCAUAGUUAAAUAAAUUUACUUAGAAUCAAUCGAGUUAUAAAAUAAUAAAUGAAAUAUAUUUUAGUCGCUGC